UUGAGGCGUUUUUCUCCGCUCUGCGCUGAGAGAGAGAGAGACUGCAGCAUGCUGCACUGCAUUCACACUAGAGCACAUGAGAAUCUGCCCACAAAAGCACACGCGUGUCGGUUUGCUAACACUGCAGCCAUCGGAUUCGCCGCAGCACAGAUGUUUGAGCGUGUGAGCUCAUUCAAAGAGGGUAACUUGUGUCUUUAGGUGUCUAAAUCUGCCCCCACACACACACCCCCAGCAUUCACGCACAUCAUCGACUCCUCCCACUUAUCCCCCCCCAUCCAUCCAUCCAGGUCGACAGCAGGACGGUGUAGCGACUCGGCCGCAGCGCUGAAACUGGAGCUUCACCCUGACAGCUUUUGGUUUCCCUCUUGGACCUUGUCGGAUUAUAACACUAUUCUGGAAGCGUCAGCGAGGUUGAGAAGAUUUCUCUAGGAGACUGAACGCUUCGGUGUUUUCUACGUGUGUGUGCCGUUUGUUUUUUCAAAGCGUUGGACUGACGCACGGAUACUGCAGCAGAACUGCAGGGGCCUGCACGCUAACCUGGAGGACAUGAGGACCCAGCAGAACCCCCGCCCCUGAGCUUCAGACCCUGCUGCUGCUGCACAUUCUGCUGAGGUGCUGCUCUCUCAUUUGCUCUGGAGGUUUAUUGGGCUGAGCAGAGCUCUCGGAGGCCAAUAGGAUGCUGACAGCUCGUGAUGGAGCUCGGGAUGAAGCUCAGAAGCUGCACAGGAAAUGGAUGAAGCACCAGGCCUUCAUGGCCGAACUCGCCCGCAACAAAGAAUGGCUCGCCAAGAUCGAACAGGAGGGCGAGGAGCUGGUUCAGGAACAGCCCGAGUUGCGUUCAGUGGUGCAGAUAAAGUUGAAGGAAAUCAGAGAGUGCUGGUCUCACCUAGAAAACACCACUAAGGUCAAGGCCCGGCAGCUGUUUGAAACCCAGAAUCACCGUACUAGUGACGUACCCGUCAACAGCCUCAGUGACCUGGACCAGCAUCUCACCAUCAUACAGGACCAGCCACCCACACUGAGCUCCGCCCAUACCACUCAACCCACCCUUCUACAGCCCCGCCCCACUUUUAGCCAGCAACUGCAGAGGAUUCAAUCGAUGGAAGCCCAGAUGCAGCUUUAUCAGGGUGUUGGGGAAGUGAGAGGCGGAGCUGAUCAGCGAAGACUGGAGGGGGAGGAGCCAAGAGGCAUAGCGGAGACACGAAUCGUGCGUCUCAUUGAGCCUUUGAAGGAAAGAAGGCGUAUCCUUCUGGCUUCGAAAGAAAUGCACCAGGUCACCCAGGACCUGGAAGAUGAGAUUAUAUGGAUUCAGGAGCGGUUGCAUCUGGCCUCAUCUACAGAAUAUGGCACCAGUCUCCAGAAUGUCCAACUGUUAAUAAAAAGCCAUGAGGCUUUGCAGAUAGAAAUGCUGGCUCGGAGAGGGCGGCUGGAAGAAGUGCUGGAUAGGGCGGAGGUUGUCGCUGCUUUGCAAACCCCAGAGGUGGAGAUUGUGCGGGAGGGGGCAGGGCACGUGAGGCAGCUGUGGGAGGUGCUACAGGUACAGAUGGAACGUCGCUCAGUGAUGCUGGAAGCUGUAAGCCACGCCCAGCAGUACUAUACCCAGGCAGCAAAGGCGGAGUCUUGGCUCAGUGGACAGAAACUUCAGGUUCUCAAUGAGGAAAAAGGAGACGAUGAAGUGAGUACUCUUAAACUCUUAAAGGAGCAACUGGCUUUAGAGCAGACAGUGGAGAAUUAUGCUGAAACCGUGAGCUCACUGUCGCAGCUGUGCCGUCGUAUGCUUGAGCUGGGACACCCUGACAGUGAGCAGAUCACCAAACAGCAGGCUCAUAUUGACAGGCUCUACGUGUCUCUGAAAGAUCUGGUUGAGCAGAGAAAGACAAAGCUGGAGCAGCAGUACUGGCUGUAUCAGCUGAAGCGAGAGGUGGAGGCACUGGAAAAAUGGAUCACUGAGAGAGAGGCUGUAGCAAGCUCCACAGAGCUCGGAGGGAACCUGGAGCAUGUCACGAAUCUACAGGAGAGCUUUACUCGGUUCUCGUCUGAGACGCGUUCAGUGGGCCAGAAACAGAUGGAUUCCGUUAACAAAAUGGUGAAUGAAAUGAUUGACUGCAGUCAUUCUGAUGCCGCCACCAUCGCAGAAUGGAAGGACGGACUGAAUGAGUCCUGGGCGGAUCUGCUGGAGCUCAUGGAGACCAGAGCACAGAUGCUUGCUGCCUCAUACCAGCUGCAUAAGUUUUUUACUGAUUGUCAAGAGGUGUUGGUCCAAAUUGAAGGAAAGAUGAGGCAGCUGCCGGAGGUGAGGUCCUGUCAAGUGAGCUCGGCCAACCCUGGCACACUUCAGAGACUCCUGCACUCCUUUGAGCACUCCCUGCAGCUGCUGGUCUCCCAGGUACGUCAGCUGCAAGAAAACGCAGCUCAGCUGCGAGCCAUUUACGCCGGAGAGAAGGCAGAUGCCAUUCUGAGCCGUGAGCAGGAAGUGAUGCAGGCCUGGAAAGAGCUCCUCGUUGCGUGCGAGGGCAGUCGCGUGCAGGUCACCACGGUUACCGAUAAGAUCCAGUUCUUCGCCAUGGUGCGGGAACUGAGCAUGUGGAUGGAUGGAAUCAUGGGACAGAUCGGCCCGGCUGAUAGCGCGAGGGACAUCUCUAUGCUGGAGGGGAUGAUGUCGCAGCAUCAGAGCCUGAAAAUUAAGAUGGACAACAAGGGCAAGAACUUUGUGCAUUGCGUGGAGAUGGGAAAGAUGCUACUCGCGGCCCGUAACCCUGCGGCUGAAGAGGUAAAGGAGAAGCUGGACUAUGUGAUAGCAAAGCAGAAAGAUUUAAAUGACCGAUGGGAGCAGCAAUGGGAGAAGCUUCAACUGGCCCAACAGAGGCUACAGUCUACCCAGGCGGGAUUGGUUGAGCAGCCCUGGCUCACAAUCAAGGAGCCAAUCACUCCAACCACUCGUGAUGCAGGGGGCGGGUCUGACGAGGUAGAGGAGCUGAUUCGCAGGCACGAAGCAUUCCGCAAGGCCGCAGCCACAUGGAAAGACCAUUUCAGCUCAUUGCGACAGGCAGAAAAGUUGAAGGAGGAACAGAACAAGCCCGCCACCUCCUCACUCCUCAGCAGGCAGAUGUUUCCUCUCUCCUGCCUUGUGCCCAGCUCCUCAUCCUCUUCUUCGUCCUCCUCUCUCUUCCGUAAUCCUCUUCAGGACUCGCUUCUGGAGUCCAAGCCCGGGCCGGACCUCAUACACUCCAUUGAACACACAAUGGCACACGCGCUCACCCAGCGGCUUGGGUCCACCCUGAACCCCUACUCACCUGUCAUGAAUGGCUCAUCCUACCUCGGGCUCAACCAGCCACCAGGACUCGUUGGGGAGGGACUUUCCUACCACGGGCUAAAACAACAGGGUGUUUCGGUAUUGGAUAAUUCAAGCUAUCCUGGGUUAAACCAACAAGUUGGUGUCUUGGGGGUCAACAGCUCAAGCUACACUGGAUUAAACCAACAGGGUGCUUUAGGAGACGACAACUCUGGCUACCACAGCCUGAACCAUUUAGGGGCUGUGGGGGUGGUAGAACCCAAAAUGGGAUAUGCUUGGCAGCACCUGAAAGCUGACUGCCUUCAGUCCAAAAUCAACCACAUUCACAAGGUCGUUCCACCUUUACUGGAGGCGCACCGAGCUCAGCUCACCUGUGGAGGAGCAAACAUGCCGGCUCCCCCUAUGGGCAUGGACCCCUCGCUGGAGAUGAUCCACAGCCGUUUACAGAGGGACCCCCGUGGUAGCCGGUCCGACCCGCAGAUGGAUCACCUGAGGCGGGAGAGGGAGUACCGCCUUGGUCGACAGACCUCCAGCGAGCAGGAGAUCCAGGCGCGACUCAAUGAACUCCCACUUAUAGUUAGACAAGAACGAUACCGUCGGAGAAUGGAGAGACAGUCGUCUAGCGAGCAGGAGGGAAGCGGGAAGCAAAGAGUACCAAAACAUGACUCCAGCGAUGCAGAUUCAGGGAGAGAGCCGUCGGACAAGAAACAGUCUGGGGAGAAGCGUUCCACUAUGGCUGAGAUAGUUGAACAAGCUCAGGAGAGAGAAGCUUGCACUGCAAGAGGGGAGAUGUACCGGCCCCCCAGCAGCCUCUCUGCACCCGUGGGCCGCUUGGAUCGACCCCGCGCACGUGAUCGCCCCAAACCACGGCGGAGACCUCGCCCGAAAGAACCAGAGGAGCCACGGAGGUCACGUUCUGCUCCUUCGCAGAGCAUCGCAACUACACCCCAACCUCCUACACACACCAUCCAGCAUGAAGGAUUUCUCUACAGGAAACAUGAGGAGGAGGGAAAAGAGAGGAGCCCUAACAGCAAGUCGUGGGUGAAUCUGUUUUGUGUGCUCAAACAAGGAGAGAUCGGUUUCUACAAGGACGCAAGGCACAGGACCACACCCUACAACGAUGAGCCCCUUCUCAACCUGGCAAUCUGCACUUUUGACACUACCAAUGGAUAUAAAAAGAAGAAGAAUGUCUUCAUUCUCAGGACCACUGCUGAUGGGGAUUACAUCUUCCUGGCCAAGGAUGAGGAGGAUCUGAAGGGCUGGGUCAACAGUAUCAAUGCUAGCCUAAAAGAGAUCGAAGAUAUUGCCAAGUGGGAAAAAGCCACAAACUCCUCCACCGACCCUGACAAAUCAGAGCGCAAGGAGCGAUCAGAAGGAGCGGAGCCAUCCGAGGGGGCGGAGAGGUCAGAGAAGUCUGAACGUUCAGACCGAUCAGAUAAAAUAGAGGCAUCGGACAAAAGCUCAGAAAAGAGGGACGCAUCAGAGAAAGAAAGCGGAGGGCGAGGAGGGAGAGGAAAACGAGGGGAGAGAGCGGAAAGGGGAGAACUGGGUUCCAGGGGUUCCAGCACUUCCGGGAAAAGCAAGUGACUCAUCUCUCCACGCGUUUAUUUGCUCAUCCAUCCAUCCAUCUUUCCAGAGAGAAGACAGGACCUGUGUUUCUCUGUCUCCGUUUCUCUGUUUGUCCUGACAGCCUGAUUUCAGGACGGACGUGUCCCUCGUCGAUGCGUGUCUGUGUGCGUGCCAAUGUGUUCAAGAGAAAGAAUAUGUCAACGGUAUAUGAAAGUAUCCCAGCAAUCAGAGGGCCUGUUUAGAUGCCCCGCUCGACUCUCGCAGAAAAGGCACUUUAGAUUAUUGAGGAUGACUAUAGCCCUUGAUAUUUUAGAAGCGUUUUUAUGAAGCAAUAUACUGUAUGUAGUGACACCGCUUGUUUUAGCUGCUCCGCUCCUCUGAGCUUGUGCAACAGAGAGAGAGAAAGUACUAGAAAGAAAUCUGUGGUAGAUGUGAUUCUCCUGACAUCCUUACGCACCCCCACACAGACAUACACACACUCAGUGCAUUAUGGGUAAAUGUUCAGUAUGGAACGCCAUUCUCUCACCUGAGGCUGUACACGUCUUCCACCCGCUGCUUGUGAUAACCGUUUCAAUCGUCACGUCGAGCGAUUCAGUCCACGCCGAGGAGUCUCAAUCGCAGUGUAAUGACUGUCUGACAAUGUGUGUGUUUGUGUGAAUGUGCACACAGCUCCGUGCAAAAAGGAGCUCAGAUGUAUUAUGUAUAAUCUCAUGGAUCGUAUUUAUUAGGUUAUUGCUAUACAAAUUUAACGUGCAAGGCCCUCUCUAUUCUUUCGUGAACGAAGAGGAGCUCAGUACGAUCAGUCACCCUCCGUACGUGUACAAAUAUGCUGCUUUUUAAUCAUCUUCGCCCCUCACGUCACCUUUUGAUUGUAAAACGAUUAGUACACAUAAAAUAGGGUGUCUGUGACUUUGUCAUGCUAUUAUGAAAAAGAUUGUAUAUAUAUAUAUAUAUAUAUAUAUAAAUAUAUAUUUGUAUAUAUACUAGUAAACGAGAUUUACUUCUAUGAACUGCAGCAACUAAUUACAAUAAAAUGAUCAUUUUGAUCAAAAUACUGAAAUGUAACAAGUUAAAAGAAGAAUUCGAUGUUUAAAGAGCCCCUGGCUGAAUUUAGAUGCGUUUAAGUCGCCUGUUUCGAGGUCUCUUCCAUACACUCAUAGAGACCGAGAUUAUUUUACUGUUUGUUUUUCUUUUGGCCGGGGAGUGAGAUCGGGAUCCUCGUAAAAUCGCUCAGAUGCUCAUCAGAGACUGCGAUCGUUUACCAUUUAAAUAUAGGUACAAAUUACAAAGAAAGGAUACACACUAAAAUAUCAGAAUAAACAGGGAUUCUUGCAUAACAGACAAAUCAAAUUGUUUUGUCAGUGUUUUUCUUUCACCAAUUUGUACUGAUGGUCCGAAGACUUUGGUUUUAAGUUGUAAAUCACCUUGCUGAGGUCAAGCUAACGUUUUUUGAGUUUUUCUACUAGUCGUAGCCGAGUUAAAAAAAAAAUAAGUAAUAUCAUGCAUCACAAUGCCACCUCUAGUCCAACACUAUCUCGAAACCUUCUGCCACAAAAAUAAACAUAAAGACUUAUCUAGAACACUUUUCUAAUACAGCUGACACAGAAUCUCUAAGCAAGAGUCAAAGUGACAUUAUGCCACAAAACCCAAUGCUUCCCCACUGUAAGAAGCCUUAGGAAUAUGCAGUAUUGUCCAUCAAUGGGGUAUAUGCACACAGAGAUAUGACGUCCUUUCGCUGAAAUGUCUGCCAGCUAUGUUACAUCCGGCACCAUAGGGAAAAAUGGUGUAUCGCUUCAGGAUGGAGAACCAAAAAGAAGAAGUCCUUCAGGCCAUCCGUUUCAAGGCAGAUCAACAAAUAUGAAAAAGCAAAGGGAGCAUUUGCACUUACUACAGACAUGAUCACAGAGGCAUAACAAUGCUCACCCGUAGUGCUGUCUGUUCUCUGAAAUUUGAACGUUUUCUUACUAAACAUCAUUAUCACUUAGUGAUAAAUUCCCUUAGUGCUAUGAGAGCUGAAGUGACCUACCUGGCAUGGAUUUUAGAGGAAGUACGUCAUCGUCUCACUUACAUAUUUCCCUACACAGAUUCAUCCACGAUCAGAACACAAAGAUACAGAAUUGAAAAAACAAGGCAGACAGACUCGCGAUGAAAGUACACUUUUUAAAAUAAAGCUGCUUCACGAUGCAAUAGCAGAUCCUUUCUUGUCUAAAUGGUUCCAUAAAGAACAUUUGACAUCCGAAGAACCCUUCUGCUUUACAAAAGGUUUUGUGUGGACAGAUACGUUCUUCAGAAUAUGAAAAGGUUAUACAGAGAUGUUUUUUUCAAGAACCUUUGACUGAAUGGUUCUAAAAUGGUUCUUCUAUGGCAUCGCUGUGAAGAACCUUUAAAGCACCUUUAUUUUCAAGAGUCAAAAAACUGAUCAGCUCCUGGAAAGUGUUGGAUACUUUGAUCUGCAUGUAAAGAUAAGUUUGGUUAAAUUCUAAUCUAAUCUAAAUUGGUCAUUGAAGGUACAGAACAUCAACCUACAGUGAGCAUGCUGACGUUCCUGGUGUCACAUAAAACAAAAGAACACAAGAGAGCGUUUCUGCCUCGUGUUAAACAUACUUUGAUUAUUAGAAACUGCAUAAAUGGAGAGGUAAUGAUGAUACAUGAUUUGUACUGUAUAUCUGUCUCUGAUAAAUGUGAUCGAGUGGACGUGUGUGUUUGUUGUUAAAGUGUUGCCGUUUUUGUCUCUGUUUCGUGUUUGCUGAAGCAACCAGCCAACCAGCUCCCAAACCCCACCACCAAAGCAUAUCCAAAACUGACUUCAUUUUCAGACUCGUCAGCUUUAUCUGUCAUUUCUUUCAGAGUGACCUCAUCUAAGGUCCGUCUGCAAAAAGCACAAUUUCACCAAUCUCUGGAGUAUUAGGAAAGACACCGGAUGCUGUCCAACACCGUGAUUCCUGCAUUUCUGAAAGCAACCACCUGAGUUCACUGUUGCGCUUAUUUCGGUCCGUGAAUCUUUCACCAGUUGGACACAAACUCAAGAUAAUGCUGAAUUACCUUCUUUUGAACGCUUCAUUGAACUUAUUUUUCUAUAUGAUCAAAUGUGGUAUAAAGUCUUCUUUGCUAAGCCUUGCUUCAUUUAUUUAGCAGUGCCACCCGCUUGCCAUUAACCCAGCUUGACCUCACCAGCAAGUCUUUGUUUUUGUUUUUAUUUUGGAAAGAAUGUAAAAAAACAAGCCCUAAAAUAGAGGAGGCUGCGUGUCGGUUCGCCUCCUAAAUCCAAAGUCAGCUGUUUUACACGUGAAACUAAAGAAAAAACACUUAUUAAGUUGCAUGAAAGAGAAUAUAGAGGUGAUUUCUAUGCAACAUUUGUGCAUGUUUAUCAAAAGGGUUUCAAUCUUCAGCAAAGCACUGGGUUUGGAUGAUGAUGAUGAUGAUGAUGAAGAAAUGAGUGGAAUGAGCAGAUGACUUGUAUAGAAAUGUGACAUUAAAUCAUUUAUGAACUGAUAUCUGCACUAAUUCAUAAAUACAGUUGUAUAUAUCGGUG